GCCAGAACUCUCUUGGGAGUAAUGGGAGUGAAACAUGACUCUCCUAUGCUAGCCCCAGCAGAGAAGUACUUAGUCACAAGAGCAUUUGGUGCUCCAGCAGUUCUUCUAACCUUGGCUAUGCAGGGUAUCUUCAAAGGGUUUAAGGAUACAACUACACCUUUAUAUGUCAUAUUGUUGGGAUAUUCAUUGAAUGUUGCCCUUGACCCUCUCCUUAUCUUUGUCUGCCACUUGGGAAUCAGAGGUGCAGCCAUUGCACAUGUUCUUUCUCAGUACGUAAAACUCAUUCACUUGACUUAUUCCUAAACAUAUCAUCUCAAUUGACAUGAUGUAAUAAACAACCAUCUUAUCAAUAUCAAAUAAACAGACACAACAAAAUCCAGUUGCAAUUACAUCAUCUCACAUUAAUUAUUUAAUGAAUUGGGCAUGAUCUGAACCAAAACUAAAUAAAUUACAAUUUACCUACAUAGUUAACAUUGGCACACAUUCACCUGCAAAUUACAAAAUUAUAUUUAACAGAUCGAGAAAGAUAAUAGAGUAAAAUAACUUACUUCAUUUUCUCAUCUUCCUU